AUGAAUCAAGAUGCAACUUGUCCAAUAUGUUCAAAAACAAUACGACAGUCCUCACUAGAAAGACACGUUAACUACUGUUUAGAUAACCAACAAGAACCAGAAACUACUGCAACACAAGAACCAGCACAAACACAACUGAAAAAAAGAAAUGCAUUUUCAGCCAUGGGUUUAAAAUUAGAUUCUAAUAAAAGUAAUAAAAAACAACCAAAAUUAGAGUCAAAGAAAUCAACAUUAACUGAUAAAUUCUUAGAAUCAAAACGACUAAGAAGCUCUCAAAAUUUAGAAGAUCAAUUUAAACCAGUUGAUAUAUCUGAAGAGAAAGAUAAAGAGAAACAAAAGGACAAAGUGCCCAACAUUAAAGAAUUAAAGAGAUACGCUACUACUCCAUUAGCUCAUAGACUACGACCUAAAUCAUUAGAUGAUUUUAUAGGGCAAGAGAAACUCAUAAAUAUCAUUAAAAAUAUAAUUCAAGCUGAUUUAAUUCCUUCUUUUUUAUUAUGGGGUAAACCAGGAUGUGGAAAAACAACCUUAGCUAGAAUAAUUGCAAAAUCUACAAAUUAUAGGUUUGUUGAAUUAUCAGGAGUUGAUUCAAAUGCAAAAUCAUUAAAGGAAACAUUUAUACAUGCCGAAAAUCAUAAAAAAUUAACCAACCAAAAGACAAUUUUAUUCCUUGAUGAAAUACAUAGAUAUAAUAAGGCAGUUCAGGAUUUAUUACUCCCCGUGAUUGAAAAAGGUAUAGUUACUGUGAUUGGAGCAACGACUGAAAAUCCAUCAUUUAAUUUAAAUAAUGCAUUACUAUCGAGAUUACAUACAUUUAUAAUGGACUCACUUUCAACUGACUCAAUAAUCAAAAUCAUCUCAAGAGCAUUAUAUGACAUAAACAACAUUAGAAAGACACUUUAUAAUCUACAUUAUAUUUCACUUGAUAAAGAAUCAUAUACAUAUAUUGCAGAAUUAAGUAUGGGAGAUUCUCGAAGUGCUCUAAACGUACUAGAAUCAAUUAAUGCAUAUCUAUCCUCAGAUAAAUAUAGUAGUAUUGAAAAACAAGGAGUAAUCAAAGUCACUAAAUCAUUACUUCAACCACUUUUGAAAUCACUUCAUUUUCAUCAAUUUUAUGAUCGAAAUGGAGAUUCUCAUUAUGAUAUAAUUUCAGCAUUUCAUAAAUCAAUAAGAGGAAAUGAUGCAAAUGCAGCAAUGUUUUACCUUGUGAAAAUGUUAGAUGGUGGAGAAGAUCCGCUUUUCAUAAUGAGAAGAAUGAUAGUUAUAGCUAGUGAAGAUAUUGGAUUAAGAGAUUCAAGUGUUUUGCCAUUCAUGGUUUCCGCAAAGGCUGCAAUUGAAUUUGUCGGGUUUCCGGAGGGUGAAAUCAUAUUAGCUCAUUGUGCGAAUAAAUUAGCUAAUUCUUCAAAACUGACUAAAUCAUAUAGAGCUUUGAGGAAUGCACAGAAAUUGAUUAGGGAACAACCUGAGUUGUUGAAAUUGCCCGUUCCGAUACAUUUAAGAAAUGCACCUACUAAAUUAAUGAAGGAGAUGGGGUAUGGUGAAGAAUAUAAAUAUAAUCCAAAUUAUGAAAAUGGAAUGGUGAAACAAAAAUACUUUCCUGAUGAAAUGGAAAAUGUUAAAUUUUUAGAAGAUACUCAUUUGGGGACGAGACGAGAUGAUGGGGUGGAUGAUGAAGAUUAUGAAAUUGAGAAAGCAGCACAAGAAGAUUAUAAUAACUUCAAAAAGAAGUUCAAAAUGGAAUUGAGAAAUGAUUUGCUGAAUAAAGAUGUUGACGAGAAACAGGAAUAUUCCGAUGAUCCAGAUUGUAUUAAUAAUUUUGGGAAAUCUUAUGACGAAUUUUUGGAUCCAGAUUCUCAACCUGAUUAUUAUGAGGAAGUGUAA